AAAGUCAUCACCUCUCGCAGCUUCUCCUCAAUAUCACUCUGACACACUUGUCUUUUCAAUCUCAGUUCAUAGGCACUAUGACUGAUGAAAACAGUGCUAACGUUUUGGACAUUUACCCAUUGAGUUAUUACUAUUUCGGUUCAAAAGAGGCACUUCACUUCAAGGAAGAGACCUUGGCUGAACGCAUUCAACGCUUGAAACUGAACUACAAUACUCAUGGACUAAGGACCUGUGUACAAGCUGUGCUUUUGGUUGAAUUGUUCAAGCAACCACAUGUACUGUUAUUGCAAGUACGAAAUUUCAUGUUCAAGCUUCCAGGUGGUCGUGUUAGGCCUGGUGAAUCAGAAAUUGAAUGUCUAAGACGUAAGCUCUCAAGGAUGCUAUCCAUGAGCAAAGAUGACAGCUGGGAGGUAGGUGAAUGCCUUGGGAUGUGGUGGAGACCUGACUUUGAAACACCGAUUUACCCGUUUACGCCACCUGAUAUAAAAAGGGCUAAGGAGUGCACGAAACUCUUUCUAGUGAGGUUGCCCGAAAGUUGCAAAUUUGUUGUACCGAAGAACCUUAAGCUUCUUGCUGUUCCGUUGUCCCAAGUUCAUGAAAAUUUCAAGACAUAUGGGCCAAUAAUAGCUGGAGUUCCACAACUGCUAUCAAAGUUCUCCUAUAACAUAAUGGAUUCUGUCUGAUCGGUGCCAUAGUACAAGUUAAAGACAUGGGGUUCAAUGCUAUUCCCAUCCCGGCAUGCUAUUUUAAGUAGCAAGUUUAAGUUGAGAAUCCCAAGAUAGUAGUCACUGUGACAUGUAUAUAGUAUGAGAGAGUGUGUAAGUGAAGUCAAGACAUACAGGUUUUUAUUUGUUAUGUUUUCGUCUGUAGUGUAUGUUUCUACCUUUAGUUUGUAUGUUACAACUGAUGUAAGACAACCAUAAUGGAUGAUAAGUUACAUGUUCAUUGAUGAAACAUGAUGUAAGUCUAUUUGUUGUACCUCCCUAAUAAAGAUGAGAAAAGUUAUGCAACUCUGCCAUUAAAUGGGAGUUAAAAGUA